ACGAGUCGAGCUAGAACUCUCCUAAAAAUAGUGCAAAAUCUCCGUAAUCCCCUUCUUCUUCUUCUUCACAGCAAGAAAAUAAAGGGGUCUGUAACAAAAAACCCUAGAUACGUUACAAGCUGCAAUUUCCAUCAAUUGAAGCAGCAGUAGAUGAAGUAGAGAUUACUCUAAACCCAAUCAGAGGUGUUGGGCAAAGAGAAUGAGAUUUGGAACUUCCAGCAGUAACCACAUUGGGGCAAGGCUUGUAGGAACUCUUAACUAGGCAUUACAGUGAUACUGAAAGAUUCGAUCCUAUUGUUGCAGCGGAGAAGCAUUUUUGACGUUACAGAGGAAGUGAAGGACAGGUUUAAGUUCUUUAAUCGUAGCUCUUUCCCGAAUAAAUGGAAGAAGUUCCAAUGGAGGUUGAGACUGGUGGAGACAUUGAAUUAUUUGAUCCACGGAAAGAAUAUUGUGCAACUAGUCUGCAGAAUUGGGGCGAAGAGGAAGAUGUGUUGGUGAAUCCCGAGCAUGAGAAACGUGCAACGGAGGUUUUAAAAAUCGAUAUGGCGGAUCAGUUUGUCACUGAUCAGGUGUUUAAUACACGUGAUGAAAUGAUUGCGUGGUGUCAAGAUGUUGGCAGACAAAAUCAUAUGAUAGUUGUGACUGCAAAGUCUGAGAAACCAGUACCGGGAAGAAAGACAAGGAUUACAUUGGGUUGCGAGAGGGGUGGUGUGUUCCGUCACCAUACAAAGAAAGACCAGGCAUUGCUUGAAUUUCCGGGGAGGACGUUAGCGCCAACGGUGCGGGCAAGAAAACACACUGGGACAAAGAAGUGUGGUUGUCCAUUCACCCUUAAAGGAGUCUGGCAACCAGAUGAUAAAUGGAAGGUUAAGGUAGAAUGUGGAGAACACAACCAUGCAUUAGAAAGCACCGUAGUUGGUCACUCGUUCGCAGGUCGUCUGAGGGACGAUGAGAAGCAACUGCUGAAAGAUAUGAUAAGAAGUGGCAUUAAGCCAAAAGAAGUACUUACCACACUUAAGAAAAGGAGCAAAGGUACUAACAAGUCUACCAUGAGAACCAUCUACAAUGCAAGGGCGCAUUUGAGAAUGACCGAGAUGGAGGGGAGGUCUGAAAUGCAGCAGGUUAUGAAGCUUCUGGAGGAGUAUCACUAUGUGGAAUGGCACAUUAAGGACGAGGAAACUGAUGAGGUGCAAGACGUAAUUUGGAGCCAUCCAGAUUCUAUACAGUUGGCAAAGAGUUUUCCUUCAGUAUUGAUGAUCAAUUCCACGUACAGGACGAGUCGGUACCAUAUGCCUCUUUCCGAGAUCAUAGGGGUCACGUCAACUGGUAAGACAUUCACUGUUGCUUUUCUCUUUAUGAAAGCCGAAAUAGAAGAGCGAUACACAUGGGCUUUGAACCAGUUGAAGACGAUUUAUGAACCCAAUGCAUUGCCUUCUGUAUUUGUGACAAGUGGUGUUACUGCUCUGGUUGGUGCAAUCAAAACCGUAUUCGCAAAAGCAGAUCACAUUCUUUGCACCUUCCAGAUUUCAAGGACCAUAAUGGUUAGCUGCAAACACGAGUUCCACAACAACGAAUACUCUGACAGUUUUCUGAAGGAUUGGGAAAACCUGAUGCAGUCUGAGACUCCUGUUGCUUUUGAUGAAGGAUUUGCAUCAUUUGAGAGUAAAUGGAUCAACUACCCCACAUGUGUUCAAUACCUGCGGGACAAUUGGUUAGGUCUGAAGGAGCACUUUGUCUCUGCUUGGACGAAUAAGGUAAAGCAUUAUGGUUACACAACCACAAAAACUAUCGCGGGUGCACAUGAGAAAACAAGUAGGAUGCUUGGAUCGUCACAAGGAACUUUUGUCUCAUGCUGGACGGAAAUCCACAGCUCGAUCACCAAUGAGAUUACAACUGUGAAGGAAUCCUUGGUAGAUAGCUUAAUAUCAGUGAAACCAUCACAUAAUUUACCAAUCUUGAAGGAUUUGAAGAAUAAUGUUUCUCAUCUAGCACUAGAGAUGCUAGUAGCAGAGCGUUCUCGAGGUCAGUCCAUUGACAUCAGUGGUUCAUCUUGUGAGUGUUCCAUACGGUUUACUCAUGGAUUACCUUGUGCACAUGAGAUAAAACAAUUUGAGCACGAGGGUCGAUCGAUUGCGUUAUCUGAUAUUGACCCACACUGGAGAAAACUUGUAGCUGUGCCUGCUCCAAUCAUGCCUCGCAAUCCAGAUAACCUUCCGGAGUUUGAUUUAUUUAAACAGAAGUGGGAAAUAUCAUCAGAGACAGAACGCCUUACAAUGUUGAAAAAGCUGAAAGAGAUUAUUACACCCUCAACAACAGGGCUUGUGUUUCAUUCCCCUUCAGCAAAUGAUCCCGUCGCUACCUGAUACAACCAUCAUAAUACUUGUUCCGUGAUUAUACUGCAGAUAAUGUUUGCAUUCUGAAUUUUAUGGGAUCAUUGUCAGAAAUGCUUUUAACAAGGAUUUUAUAGUGACUGAGAGUAACAAAUGGAUUUCUUGACUGUAUGGGCAUGCUGGAGUUUUAAUAUUGUAUAGGAUGUGAUGCUUUUUUCUUUAACCUAGGUUUGCCAGGCUUCUUUGCUCCAAGUCUGCUCUUAUUUUUUCUUAAGUUCCUAAUUUUGUGCUCAUGUCCUUGAAGAGCUGUAUGAUCUGCGACUUUAAUUCAUGUCUAAAUAGAUAAUUUGGUAUUUAUACUGUAUCAAAGACGGAUCAGAUGGUGGCUUGACAGGAAAAUCUUGUUACUGAAUGAGCAGGAAAGCAUAACUUGAUUGUGCUGGCAACUUUUUUUUUGUUUCUUUGACAGCAUAUAGGUGAUAAGAGAGCAGUUCUUUUAUGUGGAUUAUUACAGAGAAGUAAGUAACUGUGUAAAGCUAGAUCGGAGACUUUCAGUUCUUCGAUCCCGAAAGUGGAUCUAACUGCGUAAUAAUGUCUAGCGUGUGGUGGUUGGAAUGGAGUGAGAUUGCCAUUAUUACAGGGCCUAUGAGCUGACAGUGUCUCCCUCUAUUGUGUGACCUCUCCAAGGAAAGAAGCCGAACUUUUGAGCUGGAGUCAUCAGAAAAAUGGCAACCAAGAUUUCUCUCGUGCUCCUCACUGCUCUUUUCUUCUUUGCAAUUGUUAACAUGUCACAGACGGCAUUCGCUAAAUGGAAUAUAACCAAAGUCUCGUCAUUAAACGGACUCACUGGAGCAGAAAUGUGUAGAUCCGGGGACACAUACGAUGCCAUGGAUUGUGGUCCAACAAAUGAAUGCAAAUGUUGUAAUGAGUGGUGCGAAGAUAAAUGCAGCGGAAUGAGUAGUUCAGUGGUUAAACAAAAGUGCACAAAGUUUAUAAACUCAGAAGGCUAUCCUACUACAAACUGUGAGUGUUGCUGCACUCCACCCGGCGAAAUAUGCAAACCCGGUGACAUACAUGAUGUCUAUUUAUGCGGUCCAACACGUGAAUGCAAAUGUUGUACUGAUUUGUGUGAAGAUAAAUGUAGGGGAAUGGGCAGUUCAGUGGAUUCUCAAAAGUGCACAAAGUUUAUAAACUCAGAAGGUUAUCCUACUACAACAUGUGACUGCUGCUGCAAAGGUUAUGCCGCCACCAUCCCCACCAUCUCUACCCUUAAAUUGUCCAGUGGAGAUGGAAGUUCAAGUAUCAUUGGGUGAGGCACUAUCUCUAUGGAUCACUACUAACAUCAAAAUAUGCUACUAGUUCGCUACUAUUUGCAAUAAUGUAGUAAUGUUUCAUUUUCGUAUCAGUUUGCUGCUUUCAAGGGAUGCAAGAUUAUUGCAGCUCAUUUUGUAUGUUUUAGUUUCUGUACCUUGAUGCUUGUUUUAGCCGUAUUGUAUUGUUCUUAUGCUGGUUCAGAUCUGCUGUAUCGUCCUUGUUUUUGUCGGUUCUUUUUUAUUUUUUUACCCCUUGCACUGAUUAAACAGCCUG